AUGUUAUAAAAUUCUUGUUUUGAUGAUAAUGUUGGGAUGGAAAUUGAAAAUUAAUUAGGAACUAGAGAUGAAUCAAAAAAUUAUGAUGAAAAUUAGAGAUUAAAUAUAUUUCAAACACUUAAAAAAUAGGAUUAUUUGGAACCUGAAAUUUAGUUGAAUGAAUCAUAAUAAUCGCCUUAAUUUAUUUUGUAAUAUAAAAAUUAGAGAGAAUCAACACAAUACUAAUAAAGUAUAAAUUUUAAUUAUAGAUAGAUUCUGAAAAUGAAAAUAGCGCAAAAUAAAAUGAAGAUGAAUUUUAAGUAAAUAUAAAUUUUACACCAAAAAAAAAUGAAUGUCUAUUUACAGAGUUGAAUAAUUUGAUAGUUUAGGCUUAAGAGAGAAUAUAAAAUUUAUCUUAAUUAUCACCAAAUACAAAUGAUAUAAGUUAAUGUAAUGGAACAUAUAGUGAAAUUAAAUAAUAAAUAUUUGAAAUUGAGAAAGUUUAUAAAAGUAUUUAUUAUAAAUUAUUUUAUAAAAAGGUAAAGAUGAUGAACUUUCACUAUUAAAUCUUUAAUUGGAUAAGGAAUUCAAUUCUUGUUAAAAUCAAAAAUAUUUAGAUCUUCCUACAAACAAUUAAAUAAAUUAAUCUUUUGAAAUAUAUAAAAGAUAUCAUUAAAUUUAAGAAAUUAAAAAAAAUAAACUUUAAAAAUUUAAGAAAAGAUACCAUGAAAAAUAUAAUCUAUUAAAAAGUGACCUUAAUUAGUUAAAGUCUAUAGUUAUAUAAUUAUUUUAAAAGAACUAAUUUACUUUAGAAAAUGAGUAAUGUUUUUUGGAAUUUGCCAAGAUGUGUUAUACAAAAUCAAAAUAGAUAGAGUAUAUAGAUAAUAGUAAUUAAGAAUUGUAAAGUUAAUAAUAAGAAUCUCUUAAAUAAAGAAAUAGUUAAUAUUUAGAUUCGUUUAUUUUAACAUUGAUGAAAUAAUUGAAUAUAAAUUAAGGAGAUAUAGAGAAGAUUAAAUUAUAAAUUAUUUAAUGUAUAAUAAACUAAAAAGAUCUAAUUUAAUAAUAUUAAAUUUAAUUAGAAACAAUUUAGACCAAUUAAAACUUAAGUACCAAUCAAUAAAUAAAUAAAUUGAAAAAAAUAAAUGAUGAAUUAGAAAAUGAAUUGAUAUAGUUAAAAUAGCAUAAAGAAUAAUAACAAAAAGUUUUAGAUUAAAAUAAAAAGGAAAUUUAAGAACUUAAUUAUACAUUAGAAUAAAUAGAAAAAAUGGAUUUAAACUAAUAAAACUCUAAAUUACUUCAAUAUGAAUAAAUUUCAAUGAAACAUUAAUAGAAACUAAUUUCAAUAACUUCAAUAAUAUUUUAAUAAUUAAUUGAGUCUGUUUCAUAUAAAUCAUAAAUAAAGAAAAAUUUAUAAGAAAACUUUUAACACUUAAAUACUUAUUUCAAUAAAGCUAAUGAAAAUAUUAAUAAAUAAAUUUGGAAAUAAGAUGAAGAUCCUAUAAAAUACUUAUAUUAUCAUUUAUAAACAGUUUAGAAAAUGAUGGAUAUAAUUUGUGCAGAAUACUCUAAAAUGAUAAGAGAGAUAUAAUAAUAAAGAUAAGAAUUAAUAUCUUAGCUAUGA